UCCAAUGGGCCCGACCGAGAUCCUUCCAAGGAUAAAUAUAGCAAGUGGACGGGUCCGGGUUCCGGUAUUGCAGCGAGCUGGCGCGCUAUUGUGUCCACGCCGGGGGCGAGCGACACAUCGGACGCGUACACGCACCGCGCGCCAUCACUUGCCAUCACUUGCCAACAUGACGGUUUACUUCGGGUGGCUGGACUACAUCGUGUUCGGAGCGAUGCUGCUCUCCUCCGCCCUCAUCGGCGUCUAUUUCGCUUUUUUCGCCGCCAAGAAGCAGAACACCACCGCAGAGUACCUGAUGGGCGGGAAGACGAUGGGAAUGUUUCCCAUAUCCAUGUCUCUCAUCGCAAGUUACAUAUCGGGCAUCUCGCUGCUGGGCUUGCCUGCCGAGAUGUACACCUACGGCACCCAGCUGUGGGCCAUCGUGCUCUCCGAGUGGCUGGUGUCGCUCACCGUGGCAGCCGUCUACCUGCCUGUCUUCUACAACCUACACAUCACCUCAGCGUACGAGUACCUGCGGCUGAGAUUCAAUCAAAAGGUGCGGCUGUUGGGCUCCAUCAUCUUCAUCAUAAAGAUGAUGCUCUACAUCCCGAUCGUCAUCUACGUUCCGGCCCUGGCCUUCAGCCAAGUGACGGGCAUAAACAUGCACAUGAUCACGCCCAUCGUCUGCAUCGUGUGCAUCUUCUACACGACGCUUGGCGGGCUAAAGGCGGUCGUGUGGACAGACACGUUGCAGACUGGCCUCAUGUUCCUCGGAGUGGUGUUCGUGCUCGCGUAUGGCACCUGGCGGCUAGGCGGCGUGCAACAGGUCUUCAGGAUCAACGAGGAAGGACAACGUCUCGAAUUCUUCAAUAUGGACCUCGACCCGACAAUUCGGCACACAUUCUGGACAACCGUAUUCGGCAACUACUUCAGCUGGCUCGCAUCCUGCUCGGUCAAUCAGGCGAUGGUGCAGCGUUGCCUCGCGCUCUCCUCCCUCAGGCGAGCACGGAUAACAAUAUUCAUAAUGGCGGCUGGCAUCUUCACAAUUGUGUCCCUUUGCUGCUACACGGGACUGGUGAUCUACGCGACGUUCGCGAGCUGCGACCCACUGGCGACGGGCGCCAUUCGCAAAAGCGACCAGCUGCUGCCCUACUUCGUAAUGAGCAUGGCCGGUCCCGUGCCCGCUCUGCCCGGCCUCUUCAUGAGCGGAGUGUUCAGCGCCGCGCUCAGUUCGAUGUCGACGGGCCUGAACUCUCUAUGCGGCGUCAUCUUCGAGGAUCUCAUCAGACCCGCCUAUAAGUCGCCUAUCUCGGAGCGAGCGGCCAGUUUCAUUAUGAAGAUAAUUGUCGUUCUUGUAGGCGGCGCGUGCGCGGCGCUGGUGUUCCUGGUCGAGCAUCUGGGCGCGCUGGUGCAGGCGGGUAAGAGUCUGGCCGGCAUUACUGCCGGCAGCCUGCUGGGAAUGUUCUCCAUGGGCCUCUUCCUGCCCUGGGUCAACUCCGCCGGCGCGAUGGCGGGCGGCGUGGCAUCCACGCUGCUGGUGGGCUGGAUGUCGCUAGGGACGCAGGCGGCCAUGGCACGCGGGCAACUCUUCCUGGCGCCCAAGCCCAGCUCCGUGGCCGGCUGCCCUGCCAACGCCUCCGCGCCGCUACUCGCCGCCGCUCGCACCGACUUCGACAGAUCAGCAACUUUCUUCCUGUACCGGCUGAGCUACCUCUACUACACGCUGGUGGGCACGGCGGUGUGCGUCGCCACCGGCCUGCUCGUCUCCUGGUGCACCACGCCCAACGACCCAGCCAUGGUGCAUCGUGACCUACUGACUCCGGUGGUGCACCGGUGGCUCCCCGCGCAGCACGCGCACUGCUCGCGCCCGCGCCCUGCACAGCCCGCGCACACCACCGACUACUGCGCCUCGCUUGAUAGACUUCACAUCAACCCCUCUGGCGACAAGAAUAGCUCCGGCCAUGACUCCGAGCUUCCAGCAGUAAGGAGCUAUACGUAGAAGAAGUCGUGAUAGUUUGAGUUAUGAUCUUAUAUGCGAAGCGUUGGUUUAGUUUCAAAAUUGUAUUUUAUUUUAAAAAUAAAUUAAACAUAACUAUUUCAUUAACGUAACAUGUGUUUUUUAACAGAAACUUUGUCAUUUCACUUUACAGACUUGUAAAAUAACAGGAUG